UGUCCCUGCUCUGCCUUAAUAGCAUUUUAAACACUUUGUUUGUUAGGUUUUUUGAUAAUCACAGCAGAAUUGGUGUAUUACUAUUUGAUUUAUGUGUUUUUGUCUUCAUUUAUUCUCUUUUACCAAUCAUCUGAUAAAUUGGAACUAUCAGGAUCCUUCCUUGAUGUAAAAUGUUAGGGGAAAUCUAUGACGUUAAUAUCUCCAGUAAAAUCAAUCUUUCCCAGGGAUAAUCUAAUGUGUAUAUCAACUGCACAAACAAGUAAGACUAAAUGUGGCAAGAAAUCUAAAUUAAAUCCAAAUUUAUUCAUAUUCUUGCAUACCUUUGUAAUAAUGGCCAUAACUUUCUAACAAUCCAGAAAUGUAUAUUUUAGUGAUACCGUCUUAAGCUUAAGAUGGUAAUUGUAUAGACACAACAGAUGUUCAUCUACUGUAGUUUGCACCUCCCAGCAUCGCUUUCUUCUAUAUAUUUACCCUCCAAAAAGUGUAGGCAAGAUCAAAAAUUCGAUUUUCAUCUGUCCAUAAUACCACCUAUAAUUAGAGUAGUCCAGGCAGCAGAGGCUCAACUUCACAAGGAGCACAAUUUUUUUACACUCCAAGGGUUAAUAAAUGAAUACUUAAAGUACAUUUAAAUUGGUGGUCAUUUUAAUCAGGCUUUUUAGGUAAAACCAUCUUAAAUAAUUAAGGAUUUUCACACAUUUCACAAGUUUUAUUUUAGUUUUGGCUUAUUGUUAGAAAUAACCACUAGAGGGCAGUCAUAACCUUUUCUCAUUGAACUUGACUUGGUUGCACAACUGUGUAAAUGUCGAGAAUAUUCUUUACAUUGUAUAAUUAGGUUUUAAUAAAUGUAUCCGUUAUUGUCAUGGCAUUAGGUCAAUAGAAAAAUGAAGAAACGAACAGUUAGUAAGAUAUUAAUUUGCUGCUCCUAUAGGCUGCUUUACAAAUAGACUUUCUUUGUCAUUACAAUAUUGCAUUUUUUGUCACAUAAACUAGUUCUUCCAAUUGCCAAAUGUCAUGCCUGAUAUUUGCUUUUUAUUAUAUUGCAUUAUUAUAUUUUUUGCCAAUUAUCCUCUUUUUUUGUUUGUUUUUAUUUCCAUUUAGUAUCAGUAUGUGGUCAGUACGCGGGCAUGUCAAAUGUAACAAAAGCUAUAAGAAAAACUACAGCAGAUAAUAGGAGAGUGAAAGUAUAUAGACAUGUUAGGGCAUGUGCAAGGGUUACUACAGGAAGCGACAGACAAUGCAAUCUCAUAGAUAAAAUUACUGUGCUAUAGUUCACGUGCAUCAUUUAUUUUGAUUACUUUAUCUUUUAAUUAAUUAAUUAAUUAAUACAUUUUAUUAUUUUUCUUUAUUUGUGUAUUUAUUUUUUUCAUUUCGGGGCAUGUGAUUCAUUUAUUUACUCUUUGUUCUGACUUAUAGUACCUGAUGCUUGAUCUAACAUGAGUUGCAUAUCCUUUGAUUCCCAGCAGAUGUCAGUCUUCAAGUCUUUUGCACAACAUUGACAAAAUAUUACUUUACAGCGAAGAACACUACACAAUUUUACACUAACUAUCCUCUUCUUUAUGUCCUCCUUCUUUAUAUGUUUUAUCGUGGGAAUUGAGCACGUGGUUGCUUUGUAAGGUGACAUAAAUGCCAUAACGCCACGCUGGCUGCGAUGACAAGCCUAAUGCCAGCGCUUUGUUGUGUAAAAAUGCUCUCAGCAGGUCUCGCCUUGGAGGAGCUCCUGGUCACAGCUCAAAAGCAGGAUUGCCUCACAGUUGGCAUCUACGAAUCGGCUAAACUCCUUAUUGCUGACCCUGACAGUGUGGUCCUGUGUGUCCUGGCGGUGGAUAAUGAGGAAGAUGUUGCGUUACAAAUUCACUUCACACUGCUCCAGGCCUUCUGCUGUGACAAUGGCAUCACCAUCCUCCGAGUUUCCGGGGUUCGGCGGUUACAACAGCUGCUGCGGGGCGAGGAGACCAACAAGAACCUGGAAGAGCAUGGAGAUUUUCACUGCAUGCUGGUCACUAAUCCCCAAGCUGACCACUGCAGACUACAGGAGGUGGGAACGUACUGCCAAGAAAGCCGAAAAAUGAACCAGUGGAUUCCCGAAUUGGCCCUGCAAGAACGCUGACAACUUCAGUUCACAAAACCAGAGAAACCCCACAAAUCUGCAUCUAAUACAGAUAGAUGAUUAACUCAAGUCUUCAAAGAAAGCUGCAGUGAUGGCCUUAGGUGGCACUGACUGUGAUAAGGGCAAGCAAACGGGAAACAAGACUUACAGGAAAUGUAAGUUGGAGAUUCUCGUUCUGCAGAAAUCGUUGGUGUUUUUGGGUGUGUGGCAUUAUUCAAAACAUUGGAGUAAUGCUGCAGGAUUGGAGUCACACCCCGGACCAGGCCAGACUAGUGCAGCCAGCCAGCGGAGCACCCAGGAAUGUCGGACAUAGUUUCGCCAUUGUAGAAUUCCUUUGGGUUGAGUCGGGAAAGCUGUUUGGAAAGACGAGAAGAAAAAGAAGGUGUGUGUGUGUGAGUGUUAGUUAGUGAAUGCGUGGUAUGCAUGUACAAUUGUGUCUUUAUUUAGCAAAGACUGGGCGUGCAGAGUGGACCUGUGCAAGGCUGCAAACUGAAAUAUAAUGUUGAACAAUGAGCAUGAGACUGCAAGAAUGACAUGCAAAAAAGGACUUUUAUUUAAUAAUGUUAUUAUAAUGUGCCUCAUUUGGAGAAGACUACCUACUGUAAAACACAACUUGAACUUAAUUUAUUGAUUAUUUGUAAAACAUUUUCAUAGUUAUUUAUUCUGUGCUUAAAAGUCAAUAAAUUAUUCUUUU